AUGAGUAGUCAAUGCACGUUUCCGUUGGUCGAUCGUCCUUUCGAGGUCACCGGGGUCCGACAGAACAAAGGGAAUCCCGUCGGACGGAGGGAAGGCGGCGUCCGUAGCUUCGCGAGCCCUUCACUUGCUGAUACCAUGCAGACCUACUUGAAGACCCUCACCGGCAAGACCAUCACGCUCGAGGUCGAGUCCUCGGAUACCAUUGACAACGUCAAGGCCAAGAUCCAGGACAAGGAGGGAACUGACAUCCCUUCAGCAUCCCUCCCUCCGGACCAGCAGCGUCUUAUCUUCGCCGGGAAGCAGCUCGAGGACGGGCGCACCCUCUCUGACUACAGCAUUCAGAAGGAGUCCACCCUGCACCUCGGCGGUAUGCAGAUCUUCGUCAAGACCCUCACGGGUAAGACGAUCACCCUCGAGGUCGAGUCGUCCGACACGAUCGACAAUGUGAAGGCGAAGAUCCAGGACAAGGAGGGCAUUCCUCCGGACCAGCAGCGUCUCAUCUUCGCUGGCAAGCAGCUUGAGGAUGGUCGUACCUUGUCCGACUACAACAUCCAGAAGGAGUCGACGCUGCACCUCGUGCUUCGUCUGCGCGGGGGCAUGCAGAUCUUCGUGAAGACGUUGACGGGCAAGACGAUCACGCUGGAGGUCGAGUCCUCGGACACGAUCGACAACUCCAAGGCGAAGAUCCAGGACAAGGAGGGGAUCCCGCCCGACCAGCAGCGCCUCAUCUUCGCCGGCAAGCAGCUGGAGGACGGCCGCACGCUCUCGGAUUACAACAUCCAGAAGGAGAGCACGCUCCACCUCGUGUGGUCCGACGCUACGCAAGUUGUGUGCAUCAUGAUCGUGAAGUCCAUUCCGGAUGCUAUGUUCUUCGAGUGGGAGGCUACAUCGUGGUUCCGGCCUGGUGGUGUGGAACCCUUCGUGGACUGCCUCGAGCAGGCACGCAUGCGGAUCUGGACUGGAAUGUUACCAGGGCGCUUACAGGCAGACCGCGGCUCACCGUUGGACCACCCAUCCGAGGCCGUAUAUAGAGCAAACCUUCGCCAGUCCUUCGUGCUGUCAUAUGUUCAGAAAGCGAGGAAAGAGAGUUUCAAUGUGCGCACAGGAGCGAGGAUCCACACCUUGAUGACAAACAGCAUGCUGAUAUUCGUGAAGAACCCGACGGUCGGCAAGACCAUCGCGCUGGAGGCGGACUCGUCCGACACCAUCGAAAAUGUGAAGGCGAUGAUCCAUGACAAGGAGGGCGUGGCCCCCAAUCAACAACGCCUCAUCUUCGCCGGCAAACAGCUUGACUCUCGCCGCACCGUGUCCGACUAUAACAUGCGGAAGGGUUCGACAGUGUUCCUAAUUUUCCGCGUCCUCGACGGUAUGCAGAUCUCCGUCAAGACCCUCUCGGGUAAGACGAUUACCCUCGAGGUCAAGCCGUUGGACACGAUCGGCAGCAUCAAAACGAAGAUUCAGGCCAAGGAAGGGACUCCACCCGACCAGCAGUGCGUCAAGUUCGCCGAUGAUGAGCUAGAGGAGGACCGCACGCUCUUGGAUUACAACAUCCAGUGGAACAGCACCCUGCAGCUCGUCGGCCGCUUCCAGAUCUUUGUCAAGAGGGCCCUCACUAGAGAGACAACCCCUCUCGAAGUCAAGUCGUCCGACACCAUCAAAGAUGUGAAGGAGAAAUAUCAGGACAAGGAGGGUGUUGCCCCCGCCCACCAGCGUCUCAUCUUCGCUGGCAAAUUGCUUCAAGAUGGCUGCGUCUUGUCCGACUGCGGCAUCCAGAAGGAGUCCACCCUGCACCUCGUCAUUCGUCUCCCUGGUAUGCAAAUCUUCGUCAAGAGUUUCACGGGCAAGACGAUCACCAUAAAGGCCAAACCGUCAGACACGAUCGGCCGCGUCAGGGAAAAGAUUCGGGACGUAGAGGGGAUCUCGCCCGACUCCAUCUUGAAGUUCGCCGGCAAGGAGUUGGAGGAUGGCCGCUUGCUCUCGGAUUACAACAUCCAAGGGGAGGACACCCUGCAUCUCAUUCGCUAUUUCCAGAUCUUCGUCAGGAGCAUGAGAGGGAAGACUGUCACCCUCGAAGCUGAACCGUUCGACACUGUCGAAAAUGUGAAGGCGAAGAUUCAUGACAAGGAGGGCUGCCCUCCGGAUCUGCAGCGCUUGAUCUUUGCAGGCAAGCAGCUCGUGGACGGCCGCACUCUUUCGGACUACAGCAUCCCGAACAAUUCGACCCUGCACCUCGUCUACCGCAGUAUCGGUGGUACGCGACCUUCGUCAACAUUCUUUCAAGUGAGAGGAUCUGUGAGAGAAUCACCCUAG